AUGUCAUCAAUACGAAACGGGGAUUAUCUUUCAUUCGGAGGCAACAAUUUCGGUUUGACAACAAUCGAAAGUUGGGACAGACACAACAAAAAAGCACUAAAAGGCGAUAUAAUUGGUGUAACCGAUAAAAACACGUCUACAACAAAGAACUGCAUUGUUAAAGUAAAUCAGACUUCUUGCAAUGAUUUCUGUGACAGUACUGAACAAUUAAAACAUAGAUUUAGGCAUAUCAACUACUGGAAAUCUGAACUUGAGAGAGCUAUACAAGAUAUUGAUGCCGAAAUCAAUAUAUUAGAAGCUUUGAGACAACAAUUAAAGAAUGCUAUGGACGUUUUGAAUAUUCCCGAGUACAUCGCUGACGAAUGUUUGCAAAUCAGACGUAAUAGAAUGCAAUCUGAUAUGGUCUAUGACGAACCACAAGACGAACUAUUCAACGAGUCCGUUCUCAUAGAUAACAUUAAGAGAUUACACAGAGAUAUGCUAAGGGACAUAGAAAUUCAACUAAAAAUGAACGUUGCUGCGAAAAACACACUUGAAAAUGAUUGGAGUAAUAAAUAUUUGGCAUUUAAGUAUGAAAGCUAUAAUGCAGAUUUGGAAACUAAAUCGGUUAACGUCAAAGACUCAGCUGGUGCGACGAGACUCUCUGAGGGACAAUCCAACGUUCAAUCGUGGGAACAACAUACAGUCACAGCGUUAGAACAAUUUAAAAACGCUAUAGACAGAUCCAAGGAAUUGAGAGAAAGAGUCGAUGCUGUUUUGAUAAAUUCAGCACGGGAUUUACGCUCACAAGAUAUAAGGGUCAACAAGGCCUUAAGUGAUAGAAUAGCUCGCACCGAACAAGUAAAGAAAGAACUAGAGAAUCAAUUGCAACUGACGCUUGCGAAGAUCGUGGAAACAGAGAAUAUAUUGCAGACAUUACACGAGGAAACGUUGAAAGUGAUACAGAGGAUCCAGGUCGCGCAAACGAGAUUAAACAUUAAGAACCGCAGACCGAACGUAGAAAAUUGUAGAGAAGGUUCAUUGAUUGGACUGAUCGAGGAGAUAAGGGACUUGAACGAUAGUAUGAGUCUAUUGCAAAAUAGAUCUUUGGAAACUGAGAAAUUGAGAGCCGAAUUAAUACACGAACGAUCGAAAAUUGAAAACGAGAUCAUCGUCAAGAUGAAAUCGUUGCAUAUCGAUAACGAAAGGUGUUUGUUUCUGAGAUCGCACUUCCAAUCAGCGGAGAAGUUGUGUGGUUUUUAAUUAUUUAUAUGCGUUUUAAGAAUGGUAAUGAAUUAUAAGC